AUGCCUAAAGCAACGACAACCUUGAAAAACCCGACUGUGCCGUCCCAGCGAGCCGCUCGUCAGUCGAUGGGAGCAGCAAGACCUCGCACGCAGCCCGUCGCGACUGUGCUUGAGACUGAGGACAAUGGCGUUCGAACAAGACUUCAUCGAUCGACGAACGGACGAAGCACCCGCCCAACCAAAGCCGCGAAACAACACGAUACCGAAGAGGAUUUUGAUAAGGACCAUGCCGAAUGCCUUGAAGCAAUGCAGGAUGCCGAGGAGACCAACCGACUGUUAACAACGAGGCUGAACGCGCAGCGACGUGAAGCUACCGCCAGUGCGCAGCGAUUCAGCAGAGAGCGACACGAGAUGGCAGCCAAAAGUCAGCAAUAUCGUCUAGAGAUACAGAAACAAUCCAAUGAGCUCCAACGCUUGAAUGGGGAGGUUUCCCGGCUACAGCGACUUCUCGAUGCGGCCAACUCAGAUGCCCGUAAUUUGGUACAGCGGACCGAACUGCAACGAAUUCUAGAGGGUAUCCAUGCUGCUGGUCAUACAUUUAUGGGCCACAUCAAAUCCCAAGUAGAUGAGAAUCAGAAUGCUCAGGAUCUCACCGAGCUGCCCGGGAUAAAUAUGACCGGGGACUGGCUAGACAUACCAGAGUUUGAUGUGAAUGACGAUGCAGGCUUUGCAGAAAUGCCAGAUACUCUAUUCCCGCGCCGGGCCCUGGUGCCCGUGAUAUCUGAUAAUCGAGCCGGGGUUUUCUCUUAUGAACUUCUGUUUCAGUGGAAUUGA